CGUAUUAAAAGUAUAAAAUUUUCAAUUCAUCUGGAUUGGCAAAAAUGGGAUUGGAUUUAGUUUUGUCCAACCAAACAUAAAUUUUACUCGGAUUUCAUUAAUGUUCCCUCGAAAAUCAAUAAUCUCAGCUGAUAGCCCCUCUAUACGCUUCGUCACUUCCCCCUCUCCUCUAAGCAAUCUCCAUAAAGGCCCGUCGCGUCCGAGAUCGGAUCAUUCAGAAGUCGUCGGAGCCGGAUAAUUCAUCCGAUCCAUUUGCCGGUCAUCUCAGGCGAUUGAAUUUUCACCUUAAUUCAUUAGGAGCGUUAUAAUCAACCAUGUUUACGCGAAUCUUUGGGAAACCUAAACAGGAAACAAAUGCUCUAACCACGCUAGACAAAUUAAACGAGACACUUGACAUGUUAGAGAAAAAAGAGAAGGUUCUACAGAAAAAAGCUUCUGCUGAAAUUGAAAAGGCUAAGGAGUUUACUAGAGCUAAAAACAAAAGGGCUGCAAUUCAAUGUCUCAAGAGGAAAAGGCUUUAUGAACAACAAAUUGAACAACUUGGGAACUUCCAAUUACGUAUUCAUGAUCAGAUGAUUAUGCUAGAAGGUGCUAAAGCCACGACAGAGACUGUUGAUGCUUUGAGAACAGGAGCUGCUACUAUGAAAGCCAUGCAGAAGGCAACGAACAUUGAUGAUGUGGACAAAACAAUGGAUGAGAUUAACGAGCAGACUGAGAAUAUGAAACAAAUUCAGGAGGCACUGUCAGCGCCACUUGGAGCAGCAGCCGAUUUUGAUGAGGAUGAACUGGAGGCAGAACUUGAGGAGCUAGAAGAGACCGAAUUGGAAGAACAACUUCUUCAACCUGCUACCACAGCACCUGCUGCCCCAAUCCAUGCAUCAACAGCAGCUGGCAGGCAACCAGAACGCCGUCCUCCCCGGAAGAACACUGCUGAGGAAGAUGAGCUUGCUGCUUUGCAGGCUGAGAUGGCUCUGUAGGGAAAAAGGUCGGAUUGGAUGGGUAAAUCAAAGGUGGAAUUCACAGGUUGAUGUAUCUCUACCCUCUUUGUGCAAGAGAUCAUCAUGAUAAUGUGCAUUUGAAAAGGGGAAAAAAACUCUACUGGUGAGUGUGUACUGUUUUUCUGUAUAGAUUGCAUCAAGCAAGUCUGUAUUUCCCUACUAAUAUUGCUACUCUAUUAUUGUUGAAUCUUAAAAUAAACUUGUGUUUCACUUGUAUAAACCCCCCCACUUUGUAAUAAUUUCAAAAAUAUUAGUACUUACUAUAUGGUUCUUUUGUUCGUGUACACGCCGCCCAUUUUCUCGCCCUUAUGUUUCAGAAUAAGGCUCCACAUUUUGCGUUUUAGAAUAAGGUUUCAUAGUUGGG